AUGACUGCCCUUGAUCUCAACUUUCGCGUUGCAACCCUAGAGGAUGCCCCGCAGCUCCAGGAACUAGUGCAAGCUGCGUUCCGCGCCGAAGACAGCAGGUCAGAUUGGACCGGCGAUAUGGGCCUCGCCUCUCAAUUCCACAUAAGCGUGAAGGAGAUUGAGAGCUUCAUGAAUGGACCAGAAAGCGCAUUCUUGAUGGCUACCGACAACAACGGCAUCGUCGUGGGUACUAUCGGUGUUUCCAAGCGUGGAGCCAACGGCGCUCGCCUUUCUAUGCUUGCUGUGGACCAACGACACCAUCGCGGAGGCCUUGGACGUCAGGUUCUCGGCUACGCUGAGUAUUAUAUCCAUCAGACUUGGGGAGCAACCAAGCUGGGGUUGAACGCCUUGUCCACGCGACAGACCCUCAUCGCGUGGUACAUGCGUCGUGGCUACCAAAAAACGGGUGAGACGUCGCCAUUUCCUCGUGAAAGGUUCCCUGACCUCGAAUUGCCGGAUGGCAUGUGCUUUGUGGAGUUCGAGAAGGAUUUGGACACGGUCGCGGUCGCUGCAUGA